AUGGGAACGGCGAGGGGUCCAGGAGGGAGUUUCUUGGUGUUGGUUUUGGUGGAGAUGAGACUAAGAAUAGUUUUGAGAAGAAAAGAUAAUGAGGGUGGUAACAAUGAAAAACAUGGGAAUUCAUUUUCUGCACUUUUGAUUUACAUUGAUGACAUAUGGAUUACUGGGAAUGAUUUGAAGACUAUUGCUGCACUUAAAGGUUUCUUACAUAGUCAAUUUCGUCUCAAAGAUCUUGAAGACUUAAAGUAUUUCCUUGGUAUUGAAGUUUCAACUUCCAAACGUGGGAUCUUUAUAUGUCAAUGUAAAUAUGCUCUAGAGAUUAUUGAAGACGCAAGGUUACUAGGAGCUGCACCUGCUGAUACUCCCAUGGAAAAAAGUUUAAAAUUGUCUGAUCAUAGUGAUUUGCUCAAAGACCCCGGAAAGUACAGAAGGUUAAUCGGCAGGCUUAUAUACCUCACUGUCUCACGCCCUGACAUUACUUAUGCAAUCCAUGUCCUUAGCAGAUUCAUGAGCCAACCAAGGAAAAUGCAUUGGGAAGCAGCAUUAAGAGUGGUACAUUAUCUAAAAGGCGCUCCUGGACAAGGUAUGUUUUUCUCCUCCAUCAAUGAUCUGAAGUUGAGAGCUUAUUGUGACUCUGAUUGGGCGGGAUGCCCUGUCACUAGAAGAUCUACCACCGGAUACUUUGUCUUUCUUGGACCUUCUUUAAUUUCUUGGAGGUCAAAACGUCAAAAGACAGGAACAUGUUGCGAGUUGACUUGGUUGCGUUAUCUGCUUCGAGAUCUCGACCUGUCUCUCCGUGAACCAGCCCUGCUGUUUUGUGAUAACAAGGCUGCACUACACAUUGCGGCCAACCCCGUAUUUCAUGAGCGAACUAGGCAUAUCGAGAUGGAUUGCCACUACAUUAGAGACAAAAUUCUAGAUGGUACUGUGGCCAUGAGGCAUGUAAAUUCCGCUUAUCAUCUUGUCGAUGUUCUUCCUAAACCUUUGGGGAAAGAUAUCUUUGUUCCUAUGAUUCACAAGUUGGGAGUGCAAGACAUCCACUCUCUAACUUGA